CAAAAGCGAAAAGCUGUCACUGCAUCCAUGUGACUUGCGACCAACCAAAUGCGACACGUUGUCCUCGACGACAUGCAAGAGACCGUGUACCAAGCCGAAUGGCAAUGGUUUCAGCAGGCGAUCCUGCGUGCUUCGCACCACAGCUUCGACAUGAAGGAGAUCAUGAAGACACUGACCAACAAAGGUGUCUUGACCUCGGUUCAUAAUCAAGCUCGCUGGUCGGCAUUCGCGAACUGCCCUCCGGCAGUCGACCCGGAUGACGAGGACACGGUCUUCGCGGUGCUACAAGAUAUCAUCUCGGCCAUCCGUGGGUCGAGCAACAUUCGUGUGAAACGAGAGACCAACUUCCUUUGCAAGCCGACCACGGUGCCUUCCUCCUCCACCAGGGACAACAAGUCGAAGCCCGAUGGCUACUUCGUGGUCAACGACGACAGUGUGGACAAGUCGGCUCCCAGAUGGAUAGACAUAGCUGUUCCUGCAGAGUUCAAGAAGAAGAAUACUGACGAGUCGAGGAAUCAGAACGCCACGCAGAUCUUGUGGUCUCUGACACAUAUCAUGCGGGAAGAUCCCAGGCGUCGAUUCGUCAUCGGAUUCACCAUCGAAGACUGUCGGAUGCGGCUGUGGGUGGCAACUCGGUCGGAUGUCUUAGUAUCUUAUCCCAUCGACUUCUUGACCGAUAUCGAAAAGGUUAUCGACUUUGUGUUGCGAAUAUCGUUUGCCCGGAGAGAUGAAUUAGGCUUCGACGACACAAUCGUGCGACUGCCGACACUGGACAGCUGUGGUGGCCCUCAGUACGAGAUCUUGGUGAACAAGAAGUGGUAUCGAACGCAGCGUCUGAUCUCGAACAUCGGAGCGGAGGCACUACGCGGGAGAGGCACUCGGGUGUGGGAAGUCAGGGAACUGGACAGACGGGGAGGGAAAGAGAUUGGGCCACGUUUGGUUCUGAAGGAUUCGUGGGUCGACGCGGAUCGAGAUCGCGAGGCGACGAUUCUCGAGAAUAUUCGCAAGUCAGCGACGACGGACGUGCAACGUGAGGCGUUCGACACCUACUUGCUGCAUGCCAAGGAUUCUUGGGACGUUCGCACUGCUGGGAACAAGGUUGAUAGUACGCGCAAGGUGAUCUGCCGCCGACCACUCCCUCCAGCAAUGAGAGCGAUGGCCGUGAAGAAGUAUCCGGACGAAGACAAGACGGUGGAUGUGACGUUACCUCCUCAAGGCGCCAUCGCAGGAACACCAUCGGAAGGACCAGGACCUGUCACAUUCGCUACGAAAGUUCAUCAUCGGAUCCUAUUCAGUGAUGUGGGCAAGACGAUCAUGGAAGCCGGGACGCUCGGGGCCGCAUUUCAAGUCCUCGCAGAUGUCAUUACGAUCCUGAGGAUUCUGCACCAAUGUGGAUGGGUCCAUAGAGAUGUUAGUGUUGGAAACGUUCUCAUCGUCGACGACGGUGGGAUACUAGCCGACGUCGAGUACGCCAAGCAUGAAUCCGAUGAUAGGAGCCAUGAAGUGCGGACGGGUACGGCUUAUUUCAUGGCGGUCGAGGUUGAGCAGCACAGAUAUAGGUUUGACAUGGAGACGGGACAGCCCACGAACAAAGGGAUUUCCUCGUCGCCUGACAACCAGGAGGAUCCAGAAGAUCCCGAUGCGGAGACUGUCCGAGCAAUGCAACUCCGCAAGAAGCGGAAACCUGCGCUCAAUUCACGAUUGUUGUCCGACGAGGAGGAAGACACGAGGCCUAAACCGGAUGCCUUACUCGUCAUUUACUCCAUGCCGUUCAGACACAAUCCACUACACGAUCUGGAGUCAGUCCUAUGGAUAGCUCUAUACAUCGUCCUCUGCUCGACUAUCGAGAAGUGGGACGCGGAUCUCCCCGACGAAGAGUGGGCCAACUACUCCCUGGAACGUAGCAGGCUUGCGGCGAAACUGUUCAACGACAGCCUUUUUCGGGCCGAGGUGGUAGGAGGCGGGAACGCAUUCCGCUGGUCACUUCCCAAGCUACACCCCACCCUCCAGGCGAUCUCCAGAAAGCUGAACGAGUACCUUGUGGAACUGGUCGGCCUCUACAGGUCUGCUGAACAGCAGCAAUUGCGAGCCGCGAACGAAGCUGCCUCUGUCGACAAUGCAACGGCAGGUCCAGAGGCGAUACCGUACACGGUCGCGUACACAGCCAAGUUCUACAAGAAGGCGACUGGGAUCUUUUCGAGCAUUUGGCAAGAACAGCCGUUCCGCGCCAAGGAGAAGGAGCACAUAGUCUUCAAGCCCAGGACGACCCUUCUCUCCGAGCAACAGAGAGAGAUGAUUACCGUACUCGAGACUGCCGGACAGCCUACCACGAUGGCUACGGUUGCGGAGGAAGAUGAUACGGACUCAGAACCGCCUAGGAAGACCAGAAAGCUGAAGCAUCCAAGACCCGAGGAAGUGGCCGCCGCGUCGCGUCGCGGCAAGAUGCGUCAAGAUCCACGGCAGAAUCGCGAUACGGUCAGCAGCAGUGCGGCUCUCGGUGUCGAGCACGCCGAGUGACUGGAGACAGUUAUAUUGGGCAUCAUCUCCCUUGGCUCGUGUUGCAGUGGUAAGAGCCGACGUACCCUACUUCCCAUCUCCACUUCGCCAGAUUCGUAUCGUCUAUCUAUAAUUUUCGAUACUUUCUACAUGUACGUACUCAGCAUCUUCAGAGGUCCUAGGGGGUUUAGAUUGUUUAAGCAAAAGUGGCGUAGUUAGUACCUGGCCGUCGCCAGCGGGCGCACGAUGUUUGGCCCGUCUGCAACACUUCUGUUCGUUCGAAUGUGUGCACACGGGUCUGGGUCAGCCUUUGAAUUAUCUGAUAAAUUAUUAAGAGACAU